UUGAAACUCGGCCAGCUGGAGGAUGAUGGAACUGAAGAACUUUACUUUACUUACCGUAAUUCUGGCCAUCUUUGCCUGCCAUACAUUUGGCCAUAUCCUGGAUUCGUAUGAAGAUUCCGAAGAAUGGUGUCCACCGGAUAAUAACAACAAUAAUAAUAAUAACAAUAACAAUACGAAUAGAACCGAACACGAUGCCAGUCUGUGUGCGAAUUUCCAGCACAUUCGCGAUAUGAUCAAUCAGGAUACCCUGAGGGAACUAAUCGAUGUGCACUAUAAUUGUGAUCCGAAAUUCCGGCGUGCCAUGCGGUAUUACGAUACCCCCGGUUUCACACAGGUUAACCAAGAAUUAACGAAUACGGCUGCCUAUAAAACCGUCCUUCGCGAACUGGAAGCGGAACAUGUCGAUAUAGCGGAUAUUGAAAGCGUUGCGGAUAUAUUCCACUGUAUCAUCCUGCCGGUCCAGAAACCGGAUCGAAAUUGCGACUGCAAGGCGGUGAAGCAUCAUACCUUCGUGGGCGAUCUGUUAAAUAUAAUGCCCCAUCAAGAGAUCCAUAAUUAUGUCGCCGAGUCUCGUGCGAACCGCACUAAUUUUGGCAAUUUCACAACGGCAGUGGUCUCGAAGACAUUCCAGGCCACUCUGAAGGCCAAUAUUAAGAAGCGCGAUGUCGUUAAACCAUUGCGCACCCUGCGCAAACAUGGCUGGGACAUCCCGGAGCUGCUCCGCGCCAUGCUGACCAUUUUCCAGUGGUGAGCGGUCCUGUCCACUCGCAGUUUGAGUAUUCGAGUAUCCCGCUAUUGUAUGUAAACCCAAUAAAGCAACAAGUGAAAGGAAA